GGGUGGGGGAAAGGGAAUGCCUUCCUUCCAGGGCCAAGGAGAAGAGUUCUGGCGGCGGCGCUGGAGGGCGUGGGAGCAGAGAACACUUCCCGGGUCCACUCCCCCCUCGGCUCUUGACCACUUGGUCUGCGCCGCCUGCAUUGUCUGUGUGCCGGGCCCGCCCGCACUGCGGGGGAGAAGCCGGGAACCGCCCACAAGGCUCUCGGCGUCGCUGUCUCCGUGGGACGCGCGCUGGCUGGGCGAAGCGCGGCAGCCGGGCGGGCAGCCAUGGCGCGGCUGGCUGGGAGGUAGCCGGGCGGGAAGCGAGGAGCGCUGGAGCCGCCAUGGCCCGGCGGCGCCGCCGCGCCUGCAUCGCGCUGUUCCUUGUGCUGCUCUUCGCCUUCGGCACCCUAAUGGGCCUGCGCACGUUAAAGGCUCCUGACGGACUCCCGGCGCUGGGCCCGGGCCUGGAGCUGGCGCCCUUUGAGCGACGACCGGAGGGGGGUCCCGCGCCCGCCGUCCGGGCUCCGGCAGCCCCCGCCGCGCCGCCCCCGCCGCCGCCGCCGCCUGGCACCGCGGGCCCGGCCAGCUCCCCGAGGCCGGCUCCCGCGGAGGCCGAGCCCGCCCCCAGGCAGAGUCUGCGCGUCUACUCGGACCUGCACGCUUUCUACUACUCGUGGUACGGGAGCCCGCGGCGCGAGGGCCACUACAUUCACUGGGACCAUGUCAUGGUGCCGCACUGGGACCCCAAGAUCUCGGCCAGCUACCCCCGCGGCCGCCAUAGUCCCCCCGACGACUUGGGUUCCAGCUUCUACCCGGAACUGGGACCCUACAGCUCCCGGGACCCCGAAGUGCUCAGGGAGCACAUGACCCAGCUGAAGGAAGCUGCCAUCGGUGUCCUGGUCCUGUCCUGGUACCCACCUGGCAUGGCUGAUGAUAAUGGAGAACCCUCAGAUGACCUGGUGCGUGCCAUUCUGGACACCGCCCAUCAGUACAGCAUCCAGGUGGCCUUCCACAUCCAACCCUACAAGGGCCGGGAUGACAUCACUCUGCAUGACAACAUCAAGUACAUUAUUGACACGUAUGGCUCCCAUGGUGCGUUUUACCGCUAUAAAAACAGCAUGGGUAAGAGCCUCCCGCUCUUCUAUAUCUACGACUCAUACCUGACAUCCCCUGAGGCCUGGGCCCGCCUCCUGACACCAAAUGGGCCCCACUCAAUCCGAAACACCCACUAUGAUGGGCUCUUCAUAGCGCUGCUGGUGGAGGAGGGGCACACCCACGACAUCCUCGCUGCUGGAUUUGAUGGCAUGUACACAUACUUUGCCUCCAAUGGCUUCUCCUUUGGCUCCUCGCAUCAGAACUGGAAAGCUGUGAAGAACUUUUGUGAUGCCAAUAACCUCAUGUUCAUUCCCAGUGUGGGGCCUGGCUACAUUGAUACCAGCAUCCGGCCCUGGAACAAUCACAAUACACGUAACAGGGUCAAUGGCAAGUACUAUGAGACGGCCCUGCAGGCAGCCUUGACAGUGAGGCCCGAAAUUGUCUCCAUCACCUCUUUCAAUGAGUGGCAUGAAGGCACCCAGAUCGAGAAGGCCAUUCCCAAGAAGACGCCAACUCGUCUGUAUUUGGACUACCUGCCUCAUCAGCCCAGCCUAUACCUGGAGCUGACUCGCCGCUGGGCUGAACACUUCAUCAAAGAGAAAGAGCAGUGGCUGAUGUGAGGAGCCUGCAAACGGGCACAAAGUGCUGAUGUGUUCCAGACUCACUGGAAGAUGUCACACAUGGAGCUCAGCUGCGGUUAUAGGUACUUGUUCAUCUCCAAGUCAGCAGCUGUGUGCUUCCUGGUGGGCUGUCAAGCCUGGGCCUGUGUGGAACAGAGCCUGCUUGUCAGGCAAGUGCUGGGGUACUCUGCAGUGAAAGGAGGCAAGGCAGGGUUCCAGAGAGGGAACUCUAGAGGCUGGCAAGUGACUGGACUUAGCCCAGAACAGCUCCACAUCCUCAGUCAGAACACUUUAAAAUAAUCCUUUAUAGCUUUGAACUCGGCAGGUUGGUGUGGAGUUGCAAAGUCACUGCUUUUAGAAGGGUGCCAGGGUUCUGGGCUAGCAUGCACCCUGCUCCCUUCUGCCAGCCCACAUCCUCUCUUCAGGCCUCCUCCCCACACUGUCUUCUCGAAGUUAAGGAACCAUAUUUAGGCUUUCUAAAAGGGAAAUUAUUCCCAGUAGAUUCCUGAACCCAAUCAGGAAAUAAUCCUGAGCAUUCACAUACUCAUUCAACACAUACUAAUCAAGCACCUUCCCAAGUGCUAGGUGCUGGAGAACUUGACCAGGAAUGGUUCCUGUCUUCCUGAAGCUUACGGGAUCCAGCUUUCCUUGUAUGGUGUGGCCUCAUAGCUAGUGCCUGAACACAGCUCUAAGUUUUUUCUUUUUGCAGUUUUACCCAAUGCUGGGAGUUCAAUUCUUUUUCCUCCAAGAAAAUACCUCUGUGCUCCAGAGCCAGUUUUCCCAGGUGAACAUUUAACUCCAGGGAGAGCAUUAGUUUAUUUCCCACCCCUUAGCUGCCUCAACUAAAUGAGGCCCACACACUAGAGCCAUUCUCAGUGCUACUGUGAUUUGCAGUAAUGAAACAUGAUUUGGUAUUGAAUAGGCACUCCUGCUCUCAAGACUUCACGGAUCUGACCCCUCAGAUUCUAACAAAGUGCCGUGUGCGAUGGCCUGGCUAGUGUUAGCACAAUGCAGUGAGGUUGCUUAGGAGAUUGGUAGUUCAACAAGAUUUCUAGAGGGAAUAUUUAACAAAUCAGUGCUUAUUUACAAAUAAACUAAUAUGCUAAUCAUAGUGACCCUUAAAGCAGUCCCUGGGAUACCUUCUUGGCAAAUUCUUAGUAUCUACUUGAAAAUAUGUGCUGCAUCAGAAACCCCUGCAUUGAGGUUUGUGGGCUCAAGACCGAAUCUCAAUUCUGGGGACUAGGGUAUAAGGUGGGAGGGAAGAAAGUGGGCCCUAUUGGUAACCCCAAGGGCUCCCUGUUCCAAUGAGAUAACUAAUAGUAAACCCUGCCAAUGGAUGGGGCAGGUCUGGUGCCUAGCUUGCGACUUAGUUGGGGAAACCAAGACAGGCAGGGACAGGUAAAAAGGCUGGACAGUGACCUGAGUGAUUUACAUUAGGGAGUAACACUGAGGCUUCAUUUCACACACACACAAUUUGAAAAAUACAGAAAGUAUGGCAAGACUGAGGGCAGAGAGAGUGACUGCUGAUGGCAAUGCUACUUGUUCUUUUCAAGGCUAAUCUGUAUCAAGAGCCAUAAAAAUGCUGAUACACUUUGAUCCAGUAAUCCUACCCUAAGGAAAUAUUUCAAAAGAAGAAAAAUAAACCAUUUACAAAGAUG